UUUACUUCUCUCUAGCGCAGGGGUGUUUGCUACGCCUGCGUGCUCAGAAGUCAGACUCCUGCGACCGGAGCUCUGCACACCAGAGGCUUACCAUGCUGCUCCCUAGGAGGGCCAGGAGCUGCUGACAUUACGACAGAAUAGUGACUCGUGUCUCAUACCAAAAAGAAUGGACAAACUUAAUAAGAUAACUGUCCCAGCCAGUCAGAAGUUGAGGCAACUUCAAAAGAUGGUCAGUGAUAUUAAGAACAAUGAAGGUGGAAUAAUGAACAAAAUAAAAAAGUUAAAAGGCAAAACACCUCCAAGUGUUCCUCGAAGGGACUAUGCUUUAGAGAGCCCUGCUGAUGAAGAUGAACAGUGGUCAGAUGACUUUGACAGUGACUACGAAAAUCCAGAUGAUCACUCAGACUCCGAGAUGUACGUGCUGCCUGCCGAGGAGAAUGGGGAUGAUAGCUAUGAGCCACCUCCAGUCGAGCAGGAGACGAGGACGGUUCACCCAGCCCUGCCCUUCUCCAGGGGCGAGUAUGUAGACAACCGGUCAAGCCAGAGGCAGUCUCCGCCCUUCAGCAAGAGUCUGCCCACUAAGCCUACCUGGCCUUCAGUAAAAGCAAGGAUUUCCUGCACUCUGCCAGCCCCACGAGCUCUGCCCAAGCCUCAAGUCCCACCCAAGCCCAAAGACCUCCUUCACGAUGAGGCUGAUUAUGUGGUCCCUGUGGAUGAUAACGAUGAAAACUAUAUUCAUCCCACAGAAAGCAGUGCACUUCCAUCUGAAAAAGCUCCCAUGGUGAAUAGAUCAACCAAACCAAGUAGCUCCUUGAAGUCGGCUUCUCCUCCAGCAACAGCUUCAGGUCGAAACAGCGGGGUCUGGGAAUUCAAGUCACCUUCUUCUCCUGUUGCACCAUCCCCACUGCCAAGGGCGGGGAAAAUAACAGCUACUCCACUAAAGACAACUCCGGUUGCCUCUCAGCAGAAUGCAUCAAGUGUUUGUGAAGAAAGGCCUAUACCUGCUGAACGCCACCGAGGGUCUAGUCACAGACAAGAAGGUGUACUGGCACCAGUGUUUCCUCCUGUCCAGAAACAAAUCCAUCAAAAACCCAUACCUCUGCCACGAUUUCCAGAAGGGGGAAGCCCAACUGUGGAUGGACCAUCCCCUAGUUUUUCAUCUAACUCCACUUUUUCAGAACAGGAAGCUGACCUUCACUGUAAGUCGUGGUAUGCUGGUGCCUGUGAUCGAAAGUCAGCUGAAGAGGCAUUACACAGAUCAAACAAGGUUGAUUUCUUCAGGUAGCAGAAGCCCUUUCAAUACAUAGAUGUAAGUUUUCUCCUACAUCCAAUAAUUUUUCUUAAAUUAUAGUCUUAAGGGAUAGUUCUAGUCCAUAGUUUUCUUUUUUCCUUCUAAGACUCAUAUUACAUGUGUUGUAGAUCUUGUUUGUCAUGCUUUCAUCUCGCAAACUCUAUUGUACUUCUUUUAUUAACUCUCAUUUUUUAAACUGUCUUGGUUGUUUCCACACCUUCUUUUAGUGUUAUGUACUCAGUAUUAACUCUAUCUGAGGCUGAGUUAGUCCUUGAGAAUCUUAUUUAUUCCUGGGACAGGUUUAUCUUCUUCAGUUCCUUUCUUGAGUCUGAUCAACUCUGGUUGCGUUUCUUCUUCUUGCUUGAUGUCCAUUUUAUCAUAACUUUUGAACUUAUAAUUCUAGAAAACUUCUAUAAAAUAUGUAAUAAAAAUUGGAGUAUUAGGUUAUAGAGUGUUUUGGUCUUUAAUGUAAGUUCUUUGGAAAGAGAAUUGUUGCCAACUAAAACUUUUAAUUAUCGACUUCUAUUUUCUUUUCACAAUACUUUUGAAUGGAAUUUACUUAACAGUUAUUUUGUUCACAGGUAACAUGUGAACAUGGUUCCUAGUCUGGGAUUUUUCUCUCUAGGUCUUUUUUUUUUUUUGGUUUUUCUCUGGUACCGGGAACCGAACUCACGACCUUGCGCUUGCCAGGCAGGCGCUUUGCCCCUGAGCUAAAUCCCCAGCCUCCUCUCUCUAGGUCUUAUCUUACCAUGUGGCCCAUUGUACAUUUCUAAAUCCUAUAAAAAUAGUACUUUAGUUAACACAUUAAAAAGCUAACAAUGACCUCACUCAGAAUGUUUUAUGAUCUAUAAAUUUUCUAUAUUCUACUCAACUAUUUUCCUAGAAAAUAAUAAAACAAACUUUAAUCAAUAAUAAAAAAACUGUAGCUAGGUAAUAUAGAUAUUCAUAAAUUGAAUUUCUAGCCUAUAGAAAUAUAAGCAAUACUAACUAUAAUUAUGCUUUUCCUUUG